AUGUUUCUGGACUAUUCUGGAUAUGAGGCUCUUACUGAAAUCAAUUCUUCCUUUGGGAAGUAUGUUCUGCUAUUACAUCAAUUUGAAAGUUGUCAGAGAUUGAAAGAUCGGCUGCAAAUGCUGAAGGAUUUAGGUAAAGAAUUCAGCAUAUUCGAAGGGUUACGUGUGGGAGACUUUAAGGAAUCCAAAAGCAUGGUUCAUAGAUUCUAUACCAUGGUUAUUUCUUUAAAGCAAAUUAUGGAAAUCGGGCCAUUAAUUAGACGCAGCCCCGCUGUGUUAAUUGUAGAAUUUGGAACAUCUAUAGAAGACUGUCUUGAUGAAUUAGACCCAUUGCACCCACUCAAUAAGGCCUACAUUUUCAUUUAUAAACAAUGGGCCUAUUACCAUCAGUAUUAUGUAAUUGAAAAAAUAAAGAAAGUUAUUAUUAACAUGGCUCCGGUAGAAGAAGAUGAUUGGAGUAUCCUUCACAAGGUUGUUUACUCUGAUGGGUUCCCUGAAAGACGAUAUAAAAAUAAGAAAUACUUGGGUGACAUUUAUAUUCCACAACCAUUCAUGAAAAGCAAAAAAAUCACGACCAUUUCCAAGUUUUCCCAGAUUUCUAAAAUUUCCAACGUCAAGGUCUACAGAUUUCACACUACAGUAGUGAGUGAUCCUUCUAAACUGAGCAAAAAUAAUUUGAAAGUUCAAGAGCUUGGUGAUAAAGAUUUUCCUAAUCUUAUAUGGACCCUAGAACCUGAAAACUUUUAUGUUGAUAUGAAACCCUACAAGGAGCACCGAGAAAGAAAGAGGCAGAGAGAAGAAGCGGCUAGGCUAAAGUUGUUGGAACAAGAAAAAGGGAGCAUAAUACUGGAAGAAAAAAAUGAAAGAAAUGGCAAUGAAAUUAAAGUACUUCCCGGAUUGAAAAAUAUCAUGAAAACCCCUCUUGCCAAUAAAGUUGUUAACAUCUUUAGUAAUUAUACGGCUGCUGUAACAGGUUAUACUCAAGCUAUUGAAACAGAGGUAAACGACAUAAACGGAAGCACUCAACAGAAAGAUGGCGACAUACCAGAAUUGUCAAAUGGUAAAUUAGCCCAACAAUCCAGGAGCCAGAUCCAAGCCGGUCCAAAGACACAAACAAAUAAUUCACCUUUGCAAGCAGAAUUCCGGAAUAACGAUGAAAAUAACAUAUCGUGGAACACAACUAUGCAGGAUAUAGAUCCAAUUUAUAUGAACGAAAAAUGUAUCAGAGUUUGGAGAAAGGAGCAGCAAAUGCUAGGAUUGGAACGGGCUAGAACCUUUGAUACGAGACUCCAGAAAGAUCCUAUCGCAGCAAACAAUGAAAAGUUUGGAAAGCCGGGAAAUAAUCCAAAAGGACGCGCCAAAUCUCAACGCAUUAAAAUCAAAACAUCGAAUACGGCAUCCACUAUCAUCAACAAGGAUGAGCUGACCGUAAAUAGUCAUAGAAUAGAAACACAUGGCCUAGUAAGAGAAUACUUCAAGGCAAAAUUCAGUAUAUCAUCUAAAGGAAGCAAACGAGGUGAGAAAACCGGACAGCAAUACACUUAUAUAACAAAAUACGAUAAGAAUAAUAUUAAUGGCAUCAAUAUCUCCUCCAAAGACAUCCAGGCAACUGUUCUGACCAAUUUGACUGACAUUCACUUCAGGGAUGUCAUGACGGUAAAGUUUAAAGGUUUUAAAGCCAAAUUCUCAGAAUUCAAAAUAAUCACCUAA